GAACCUCGGAGUAAAGUAUUUUCCCUCAUACUUGCGUCUUCUCUCUGGUGUUCAAGUCGCUGUGCAGUUCUAGCUUUCGGGGUACCAUAAUAGCUUAGGAAACUAACAUAGCAUUCAAUCGAUAAGACUUAUCAGUGGCGACGGGGAUGCAGACUACAAUGAAUAUUUCCUUGGAGCAAUUAGAAGCCUAAAGAAAUGUAGCUUUUGUACGCAAAAAGUACGCUACCUUGGAUUUAUAAUCGACAAAGAUAGCAGAAGACCAGGUUCGGAGAAUACCCAAGCAGUGAAGACUACGCUCAGACCGACGGAUGUCCCCACACUACGAUCCUUCUUGGUACUAGUUAGCCAUUAUGGAGCUUUUAUUCCGAACCUUCAAUUACGUGCCCCCCAUGAAUAACCUUCUGGCGAAGAAUGUAAAAUGGAAUUGGUCUGCAACUUGCCAAGCCGCUUUCGAUGAAAUCAAGAAAGUACUAGUCUCGGAACUGCUGCUCACCCAUUACGAUCCAUCGUUACCCAUUGUAGUGGCAUCAGACGCAUCAAACUACGGCAUUGGAGCAGUUAUUUCUCACAUCAUGCCAGACGGAUCCGAGAAAGCGAUAUCACAUGCGGCUAGAUCGUUAACGUCAGCAGAACGUAACUAUAGUCAGAUCGAGAAGGAAGCAUUGUCAAUUAUCUUCGCUGUCAAGAAAUUUCACAAGAUGAUAUUUGGACGUCAGUUCACCCUAUUAACUGACCAUAAACCAUUGCUAGCCAUCUUUGUGUCGAAGAAAGGUAUACCUGUAUACACUGCAAACAGACUGCAACGUUGGGGAACUACACUCUUGGGUUAUGACUUCAAGAUCAAGUACCAGCCCACUACUGAUUUUGGAUAACCUGACGCUUUAUCUAGACUGAUUAGUUCACAAGUAAAACAGGAAGACACUUUGGGGGCAGCAAUCGAGACGGAAACAGAAGUACAUCGAGUUUUGGAAGACGCAGUCGAUGGUUUACCAGUUACCUUCAAGGCCAUCAAAUGACAAAACUUUAAGAGAAGUUAGUGGUUAUCUUCUCACUAAGUGGCCGAACCGUCGUUUUCAAGGAGAAAUGCUACAAUAUUUUCGCUGACGGGACUCACUUAUGAUGGUCGACUCAUGUAUUAUGUUUGGUGACAGAAUUAUUGUUCCAAAAGUAUUACGCUACAAGGUUCUGAGACAAUUCCACAGCGGUCAGCCUGGUAUCAAUAAGAUGAAAGCGCUGGCUUGAAGUUACGCAUACUGGCCUACGAUGGAUCAAGAUAUUGAAACCAGAUGCCGCAAUUGUUCACCGUGCCUACAAGCAGUCAAAAGUCCAAGCAAGUGUGAACCGCAACAAUGGGAAAAGCCGAAUAGCCCCUGGGAGAGGCUGCAUGCAGAUUUCGCCGGUCCAAUACGAGGAAGAAUGUAUCUAGUCAUAGUAGACGCACUCACAAAAUGGCCACAAAUCUACGCCAUGGUGAAUUGCACAGCCAGUGAAACAAUCAGCAAGUUAUCCGAACUGUUUAGCUGCUUUGGAGUUCCGGAGACUUUAGUGACCGAUAACGGCUCACAAUUCACUGCAGAAUCAUUCAAGCACUUUUGCAACGUUAAUGGGAUUGUGCACAUACGAUCUCCACCGUAUCACCCUCAAUCAAAUGGCCAGGUAGAGCGCUUCGUGGACACAUUCAAAAGAGCACUAUUGAAAGGGGAAGGAGAGGGGACAAGUCAGGUAAUUACGAAAUUCUUAACAGCUUAUAGAACUACACCUAACCCUAUUGUCCCAGAUGGUAAAUCCCCUGCUGAAGCGAUGUUCGGGAGAAGUAUCCGAACCAUAUUCAACGUCAUGUUACCACCUAAACUAAUGGAUGGACGCAGACAAAAUCAGAAUAUUCGUAGUUUUAACGUCGGUGAUAAAGUGCUCGUCAAAUCAUAUAUUGGAAAAAAUCGUUGGGAACCGGGAGUUAUUGAGAAGAGAAUGAGGAAUGUUUUAUACAAAGUGCGUGGGACUUUCGGAGUGUGGAUUAGACACAUUAAUCAAACACACAGAGAGAAAAGGACUCUAGACAGGGUAGAUAGUCAAGUGAGGCUUCCGCUGGAUAUAAUUACAGAUACUCCAAUGACAGGAACCCCAACAGAUGCUCAUAGACGCCGGAUACCCAGAAAGUCCGAACUCCGCAGGAAACCAGUUAUAAAGCUGCAAGUAGACCCGAAGAAGAAGUCUUAUUUUUUGCAAGAGGGGAGGUGUUGGAGUGAUCCAGAAAUCGCUUGCAAAACAUAAGCAAGCAUCAAGAAUCACUAAGAAGUGUUUCGUCCAAUCAGCGUUCAUUUGGAGUCUUGGCCAGAAAUAUCAAGGUAGCGAAACGUCACAUGCGGAAGCUCUGAUUGGUUGGCUACUACAGUGCUACUAUGUUUAGUAGCAUUCCAGAAUAUUCCAGCGACCCAAGGACAUUUAGAUAUAUUAUAAAAACCCUAUAUUUUCUGUAAUAAAAUGAACCUCGGAGUAAAGUAUUUUCCCUCAU